AUGGCCACCGCGGAGCCCAAAGCCCUGGGCACUGGCUUCAAGUGGCUCUCCUUGGCCACUUUCGUGCUCCUCUGCGCCGGGCACGGGGGACGCAGGGAGGAAGGGGGUCCAGCCUGCUACGGCGGAUUUGACCUGUACUUCAUUCUGGACAAAUCAGGAAGUGUGAUGCACCAUUGGAAUGAGAUCUAUUACUUUGUGGAACAGUUGGCUCAUAAGUUCAUCAGCCCACAGCUAAGGAUGUCCUUUAUUGUCUUCUCUACUCAAGGAACAACCCUAAUGAAGCUAACAGAAGAUAGAGAACAGAUUCGUCAAGGCCUUGAGGAACUCCAGAAGGUCCUGCCAGGAGGAGAUACUUACAUGCAUGAAGGAUUUCAAAGGGCCAGUGAGCAGAUUUAUUAUGAAAACAGUCAAGGAUACAGGACAGCCAGCGUCAUCAUUGCUCUGACUGAUGGAGAACUCCAUGAAGAUCUCUUUUACUAUUCAGAGAGGGAGGCUAACAGAUCCAGAGACCUUGGUGCUAUUGUUUACUGUGUCGGGGUAAAGGAUUUCAACGAAACACAGCUGGCCCGGAUUGCGGACAGUAAGGAUCACGUAUUUCCUGUAAAUGACGGCUUCCAGGCUCUGCAAGGCAUCAUCAACUCAAUUUUGAAGAAGUCCUGCAUUGAAAUUCUAGCAGCUGAACCAUCCACUAUAUGUGCAGGAGAGUCAUUUCAAGUAGUCGUGAGAGGAAAUGGCUUUCGACACGCACGCAACGUGGACCGGGUCCUCUGCAGCUUCAAGAUCAACGAGUCGGUCACGCUCAAUGAGAAGCCCUUUGCUGUGGAAGAUACUCAUUUGCUGUGCCCAGCGCCCAUCUUAAAGGAAGUUGGCAUGAAAGCCGCACUCCAGGUCAGCAUGAAUGAUGGUCUGUCUUUCAUCUCCAGUUCUGUCAUCAUCACCACCACACACUGUUCCGAUGGCUCCAUCCUGGCGAUCGCCCUGCUGAUCCUGUUCCUGCUCCUGGCCCUGGCUCUCCUCUGGUGGUUCUGGCCCCUUUGCUGCACCGUGAUUAUCAAGGAGAUGCCUCCACCUCCUGCUGAGGAAAGUGAGGAGGAAGAUGAUGAUGGUCUGCCUAAGAAAAAGUGGCCUACGGUGGAUGCCUCUUAUUAUGGUGGACGAGGUGUUGGAGGCAUUAAAAGGAUGGAGGUCCGUUGGGGAGAAAAGGGCUCCACAGAAGAAGGUGCUAAGUUGGAAAAGGCAAAGAAUGCGAGAGUCAAGAUGCCAGAGCAGGAGUACGAGUUCCCUGAGCCUCGAAAUCUCAACAACAACAUGCGGCGGCCCUCCUCCCCGCCGAAGUGGUACUCUCCGAUCAAGGGAAAACUCGAUGCCUUGUGGGUCCUGCUAAGGAAAGGAUAUGACCGCGUGUCCGUGAUGCGUCCACAGCCAGGAGACACGGGGCGCUGCAUCAACUUCACCAGAGUCAAGAACAACCAGCCCGCCAAGUACCCCCUCAACAAUGCCUACCACACCAACUCGCCGCCUCCUGCCCCCAUCUACACCCCCCCACCUCCUGCUCCCCACUGCCCUCCCCCACCCCCCAGUGCUCCCACUCCUCCAAUUCCAUCCCCCCCUUCCACCCUUCCCCCUCCCCCUCAGGCUCCACCUCCCAACAGGGCGCCACCCCCCUCCCGGCCACCUCCCAGGCCUUCCGUCUAG